AUGCUUCUCAAGGGACUCCUCUUGGCCCUCGUCAUGCUCGUCUUUGAUGCAAUGGUGGGCGCGCAGGCCCAACAGCAAACGUUCGACCGACAAGAUCGAGACUAUCGACCUCUUCAGUUCGGUAAACGAGAUGGUUAUCGCCCGUUGCAAUUCGGUAAACGAGAUAAAAGCUUAUUCCACGAAACAACUCACCAAGGGAUCAAGAAGAAUACGCAAAACCGCGCUUCAUCCGGCGUUCGCAGUGCGGGUAAUACGAGCCGAGGUCACGGCCUGCUUCAGGGUAUCCAGUGGCAGUUAUCGGGUGCCGUUUCUACACCAGCCGUCGUAGGCAUGACAAAUGUGGGUGGUCGAGGCCCCUCGGGGUCAACGUCAGGUGGACAACCUGCAUCAGCUUCACAAGGAGUGCUUAUGGUCGGCCCUAACUUCAAGGUGGGCAAGAAGAUCGGAUCGGGAAAUUUUGGAGAGCUCCGAUUGGGCAAGAAUCUCUACAACAACGAGCAUGUAGCGAUCAAGCUGGAGCCGAUGAAAAGCAAGGCUCCCCAACUUCAUUUGGAGUACAGAUUCUACAAGCUAUUGGGUCAAGCUGAGGGUCUUCCACAAGUGCACUACUUCGGACCGUGCGGGAAAUACAAUGCUUUGGUGAUGGAAUUGCUCGGACACUCGUUGGAGGAUCUCUUCGAUCUUUGCGAGCGGCAUUUCUCGUUGAAGACCGUUGCAAUGAUCGCCAUGCAAUUAAUACGACGGAUAGAAUAUGUUCACUCAAAGCACCUCAUCUAUCGUGACGUUAAGCCGGAGAAUUUCCUCAUUGGUCGAUACUCGACAAGAAAACAACACAUUUUGCACAUUAUUGACUUUGGUUUGGCAAAAGAAUACAUCGACUGUGAUACGGGCAAGCAUAUAGCUUAUCGAGAACACAAAUCUUUGACGGGUACCGCACGAUACAUGUCGAUCAAUACGCACUUGGGCAAAGAACAGAGCAGGAGAGAUGAUCUUGAGGCUCUUGGACACAUGUUUAUGUACUUCCUUCGAGGCUCCCUCCCCUGGCAAGGCCUUAAAGCAGAUACACUAAAAGAAAGAUAUCAAAAGAUUGGGGACACAAAACGCUCAACACCAAUCGAGGUACUUUGCGAAGGAUUUCCAGAAGAGUUUGCCCAGUAUCUCCGCUAUGCUCGACGUUUGGACUUCUUUGAGACACCAGACUAUGAAUAUUGCUAUAAUCUUUUCAAGUCUGUGUUGGAGCGUCUUGGUUUCACUUACGAUUACGAGUUCGAUUGGACUCCGAAGUUGAACAGUGUGUCUACUCCAUCUGGCUCAAUUCAUGCUUCGGAGACGGGUACUGGAGCUGGCAAAGAGGGACCGAAGGGCCGAAGUGCACAAGGACAGUCGAGACGAGAAGAACUCCGCCCGCAACACAAUCAAAACAAUCAAUUUGGAUCGACUCAGGUGAUAAACAGCAAUGCGGGAGAAGUGGGCGGUGAGGAAGUUGGUCGAGCUGUUGCCGGCGGUAAUGGUGAUCGUCAGGAUUCCUCCAGCGGAGAGGUUAAGUGCUGUUGUUUCCGGAGACGACGAAGGAAGGUGCCCACAUCAACCGCUCAAACCAAA